UCCAUAUACUAAUCUUACCGGAGUCCAACCUCACAUUAUAGAAAUUAAACAUUAUGAUGAUAAUACGGGUACUUCAGUUGUUCGUGUCGCUCGGACGAAUUACUACAAUUACUUCACCUAUAAUUAUUGUUAUGAGCCAAGGGUAUUACUUCGUGUUAUUCAAGCAAAUGGAAGUGUUAUUGAAAUAAAUUACGAUAAUUCUACUGAAAUACAAUAUAUCAAUUAUUGUACGGUUACUAAUGGCGCGAGUGGUCCAAAAAAUCCCAUAAAUUUUUACCCGUUAUUUGAUCAAUACAUUUUAGUAACAUAUACUCAUGCAAUUAAUAUCACUGACAAUACAACUUAUACGGAUCGUGGAAUGGUUUUCGAUUGGAGUGGAAAUGUUGUAAGCAACCUCGAUUUUGGACCAUCUUAUUUGUAUUUAGGCACAAUUUGGGUUCCGAAUGAAUAUAUAGUUAAUAAUAUUACUCCCAAAAAAGGUUUCUUACGUUUAUCUGCAGCAUUUAUUAAUGGAGUAGGAUCUUUCAAAUGGGCCCAAUACCAAUACAGUGACAAUGGAAUAUUCUAUUUAUUACAGAAUGACACAGUUGCGGGUGCAGGCCUUACUACCAGCUUUCAAGUUACUGUAAUCGCUACUUUAGAUGGUGGAUAUGCGCUUACAUAUGCUAAUACGACCAGAACUCCUGUAACUUCUAACAAUACGUUAGCCACUCAAUUUGCUGCAAGUGGAGGAAUAUAUGCCAUAUUCGUGGGUUAUAAUCAAACAAAAACACCCCAAAGAAUGAUUUUAUUUGAAUUAACUACUCCAAACCUAACAUUCACUCACAUAUAUUGUUCGGUCGACUUCGUUUACAUUGGUCAUUCAUGUAUCGCGUACGUAACACAGACGCAGACUCAAACAAUUCAGAAUGUUACUACAACUGUUAUCACAACUACUAUAACUCCUACGGGAGCCGCCCCCACAGUCGUACCAGUUACCACUACUACAACAGCUCCACUUACAACUACUACAUCCACUGAAAAUUUUUACGUGAGAAUUCGUUUUCUUUCCACUGGAUCUAUAUUGUCGUUGGAUCCAAUAUUUCCACCAAACAAAGGGUCUUUAACGAAUGUUAGAACACUACCUCGCGGAGGAUACGCUUUAGUAGAUCGUGCUCUUUAUGGAUUGAAUGUCAAUUACACCUUUGAUCUUUAUAAUGAAUCUGACAG